CACUGAUGGGCCCUGAUAGGCUGCACUGAUGGGCACUGACUGGCGGCACUGAUGGGUGACAGUGCUGGGCAGCACUGAUGGGCACUGGUGGGUGGCACUAUUGGGAACAGGUGGGUGGCACUGCUGGGCACUUGUGGGUGGCACUGCUGGGCUCUGAUCAUCAGGGCACUGAUGAUCGGUGCUGAUCCGUCCUCUGACAGUUGCCGGUUAUUGGCAGUACUUACAGCGACACAGCUGAUCACGGAGAUCGCUGGAUCGUGGGUGCGUGCCCCCGGGAGGGCACGUUUUGGGAGGACAUCAUAUGACGCCCUCCCAGAACUGGCCGGCUGCGGUGAAGCCAUCAUUCGGCUAUCUGUGGUCGGCAAGUGGUUAAAACUGCACUGAAUCUGCACUGCCAG